AAUACGAAUGCGAUCCCUGGCAAGAUACCAGUGCUUCCUCCGGGAUCUUCACUACUGUUCACUACGUAGUAGAAUCGUGCGGCACCACCUCGUAGGAUCAAUUUAGAAUCGGGUUAAAGACAAAUUUGCGAAUCAUCCUGCUCAAGAAAUACGUACUUGCUAUACGUCGGUAUUGGCAAGUGUUUAAAGGGUAGAAGGUGGAUAGGUAUAUCGUCAGAGGGUGGAAGACGUAGAUACAGAUGGAGAUAAAUGCACAUAGGGCGGAAGUGAGAGAGAGCUCAUGAAAACGAGAGAAGAAUAGUCCAAAAGGAGAGAAAGAGAGAGAAAAAGAAAAGUUGACUCGUUGCAAAUGGCAGGCGUGUGACAUCGUCCACUUGUUUUCGUGACAUAACAAAGGGAAAAAGGAGCUUUUUGAAGAUCUUGUUUGGCCUCAAGUGUUCGGGAAGGUAUUGUGCCAGUGUACGAGAUUGUGAAAAGAUAUCACAGGAGAGAUACAAUGGCUAAAUUAGUGGAUAUAUGGCGCGGUGAAAACCCGGCCAGUUUGACGCGAAGGCAAAUGCCGUUGAUCAUCGAUGAAAAUUUAACGAUGAUUAUGGACGUGAACGGCUUAGGAGCUGUUUGCGACAGCCCUCUUGUUCGGGGAAAGCAGUUAGAUGAAUUUACCAGGAAGUUAAACAUGCUCACUAAAGACGAAGUCAAGGCAUCCUUCGAAGUUACUUGCAAGGAUAUGCUUUCGAUUCUUGGUCAGGCCGUGCCAUGUGUUGGAUGUAGAAGGAGCGUGGAAAGACUAUUCUACGACCUCAUGAAAUCUGGUCAUCCUGCACUGGAUCCAUUAGUCAUUACACCAGAGGGUUUACUCACUAUUAAAAAUGAAGUUCUGGAAUCACCCCAGUUACUUUGUACCAUGCUACAGGGUCACAGCGCUCGAUUAAAUAGUCUGGUGGAUCGACAGCCAAGGAGUAAAAAGUCUCGUAGAUGUGCAUUGCAUUCCUUGGAGGUUCAACGUAUGAGACCUCCUCCAGGUGCAUGGAGGGAGGUAUGGGACUGUAUGAAACCACCUUGUCGUCAAGAAUUAACGUUAGUUGAAACGGAUACCUUGGACGCCACCUUAGACACUUACCUUCGCAAGCACAGAUUUUGUGGAGAAUGCCGUACCAAAGUGCUGCUAGCUUCAUCACUUCUAACAACAGAACCAGAUCCUAGAACAGAAAAAGGAUACGUAGCUUCUUUGUAUAAUGGAAUAAAACGAUGCAUACCUGAACGACACGUACACUUACCAACUAAUACUGAGUAUAUCAGUACGAUAAUUGGGCGAGCUCAGCCGGAACUAAUGGGCAGGGAACGCCAUGCCAAAACUUUAGAAAUAGCUCAGGAGGAAGUUCUUAUAUGUUUGGGAAUCUGCGUGGCGGAACGUCUGCAUCGUGUUCAUCGGCGCCUCAGAGAAGAAGAAACUGUAUGCGAAGUAUUGGCAGCAGUUGCUGUGGAUGCUCUUUCACGAAAUUUCCAGAUGGCUGUCGAGGUAAAGCAAGGAAUCACUCAAUUAGAAUUACUUUACGAGGAACUGACCAGAGAGGAGAUAGCCAAACAACAAAGACGUGAGAAGUUGCGUCUGAAACGUAAGAAGAAGAAAGAACGUCGUUAUGAGACUGAAGAAAAGGAGAAUACCUGCGAGUGUUCUGACGAGAGAAAUGGUGAUGGUGGAAAUAGCGAAGUGUCUUGUGUUUGCAUGGAGUCAAAGCCAACAACGCAGAACAUCGACCGACAUAAGUUGCAAGUAUUAGAUCCAAAAAAUAAAGGACCACCAACGUGUAAGUGUCCAGAUUGUAUGAAAAAGUCGAAGGGGUCAAGUAAAGCCCAAGUGCAGACGUCAACGACAUUCCUAAAUUCGAAAAAGUCCUCUAUGGUCACUCAAAAAAGUCCGGCCAAGAAAAAUAACACUGUAUCAAAACCAAAAAGCACGACAAACUGUCAGCCGGAUAAGGAAGAGAGUAAUGUUUAUAGUAAAAUGGUUCGUUCUGAAGUUGUAGAGCCGUGCGAAAGGUGUAAGGAAUUCCUUGAGAAAGGAAAGGACGGUAAUUGGCGUGUUCGUGAAAUUUGCAAGGAUCCAACCGAUGAGGAGAUUGCGGAUGCUUGGAUGGGUAGACCUAGUAAAAGAUUCACCAUGUGGAUGGAAAUGAAAAAACGAUAUGAAAUGUCAACGUGCUAUGGAAUAAAUAGUCGUUCGUCUAGUGAACAGUCAUCCCAGGACUGUGGUUACUCUUCGGAGCACAAUAUUAGUAGCUCCUCGCUUCCAAGUACACCGGAAGGUUCAGAAGUGGCUUGUAGCGAAGGAUGCUGUAAUCACGAGGGUGACUGUCAUGAUGCAAGAUCAACGGAUAAGCUUGUCCAUUCCAACUCUAGUAUCUCGUUGUUAAGGGAACGUGGUGGAGGCCUUACUCUUAUGCAAAUGUUAGAACAGGACUCGUAUUCCUCGGAAGACGAAGGGAAGGAAAGUUAUAUCCCAGCUGAGGAGGUUCUUGAAUUCAAGUCCCAAAUGCGUCAAGUCCUGGAGAAGAGACAGGAACUUCGGCAGACCCUAAGAAACCGCUUUGCGAUGCUUUGCAGCCAUCAUAAGCCCUUCACCAUUCCUCACUAAGAAUUCCUAUUAGGUACAGUUACUUAUUAGGAUACAUUUUCUUUUUUUUUUUACGUUCAUUUACUGCCAGUAGAGACACGAAUGAAUACGACAGAUGUAUUUUGGAUAAUUAUUGUCGUAACAGACUAAAUUGUGUUCUACUAAAUCUGUUGGGACUGUUGGCUCACUGAAAUAUGAUUUAUUUAUGGAUGAGAAAAACUGAUACAAUAAAUCGGUAAUGCAUUCAAAAAACAAAACAAAAAUUCCAAGGUGGAAAGAGCACAUAAAACACCUUUUGAAUUCUGUUAUUUUCGACGGUGCGAAUUGCGUUCAAGAAAAUAAAAGACGAAUAACCGUCAUUUUUCGAAAGCCCAUAUUUUACUAAUAAUUAGUUCUCGUUAGUGCGCUCGAAGAUUAUUCGAGAUUUUUUUGGGACAAACGCCGGCGGUGAGCUUGCCUGAAUGAUUUUAUAUGUGGGUCAUCAGGAUUAUAUUUUUGGAGUAUUUUAUUUUCUUGAAAUCUGAUGUCGAUGCUCUGCCGACGGUUGCUCCGAUUGCAAGAUGGUGAUAAGAUGGCUGCAUAUUAUCGCUAUUGUAACGAUAGUAAAAAAUUGAAUGAUUAUUGAAGAUUUAAUAUAAAAUAAAUGUUGCAUUCCAAU